AUGGCGACAAUCUCUACAUGCUUCACCGUCACACCCACAUCCCGACUCCUCACCUUCACUUCUUCAACCUUCCACAAACCCUUCCCCAAACCCUUUCCGCUCCAACCCAACCGGAGAAUCAAUUUAAGGACUUCGACUUUUGUACCAAAGGCCACCGUCGAUGUUAGCCAAGCGAUCAGACCGGGCGGGGUUGUGGAAACUGAUCAGAUUCCGACUGAUGUCAGGAAACGAACUAUGGACGCUGUUGAUGCUUCUGGAGGGAGGGUGACAAUUGGGGACGUGGCCAGUUUGGCUGGGCUUAAGGUGAAUGAAGCUCAGAAAGCACUUCAAGCUCUUGCUGCCGACACUGAUGGGUUCUUAGAGGUUUCUGAGGAAGGUGACAUUUUAUAUGUGUUUCCCAAAGAUUAUCGGCUAAAGCUUGGUGCCAAGUCAUUUAAGAUUAAAGCUGAACCAUUUUUUGAAAAGGCUAAGGGUGCUGGAGAAUACUUGAUAAGGGUUUCUUUCGGGACAGCACUUAUUGCAUCCAUUGUAAUUGUUUACACUGCAAUAAUUGCUCUUCUAACUAGCAGCCGAAGCGAGGAGGACAAUCGCGGAAGACGUGGGGGCAGAUCAUAUGAUUCAGGAUUCACUUCCUUCUUUAGUCCAACCGAUUUAUUCUGGUACUGGGAUCCAUAUUACUAUAGGAGGCGAAGGGUACAAGUUGAUGUUGAUGAUAACAAGACGAACUUCAUUGAAUCAGUCUUCUCCUUUGUGUUUGGAGAUGGUGAUCCCAAUCAAGGAAUUGAAGAAGAAAGAUGGAAGUUGAUUGGGCAAUACAUAGCAUCUAAUGGCGGUGUUGUUGCAGCUGAAGAACUUGCUCCAUAUCUUGAUAUAGAUUCUACGGAAAGAAUUAAGGAUGACGAAUCCUAUAUAUUACCGGUGCUUUUACGAUUUGAUGGUCAACCUGUAGUUGAUGAAGAGGGAAACAUUCUAUACAGGUUUCCAUCUCUUCAGAGGACAGCUUCUCAAAAGAGUAAGAGAAAAGAAUAUGUUGGAAAAAGAUGGGCAGGUUGGGUUGGAGGAGUUGAAAAAUUUUUUAAGGAGAAAAAAUGGCAAUUCAGCAAAACUUCGUCGUCGGAGAGAGCAAUGGUCAUUGGUUUGGGUGGCCUUAAUCUCUUUGGGGUUAUUGUUCUCGGAACCAUGUUGAAAGAAGUGGCAGUUAGACCUGAUAGCUUCAUUAAAUUUGUAGCUGACAUAUUUCCUAUCCUUCAGGUUUAUGCUGGUUCUUUCUUUGCAAUUCCUUUGGUUCGGUGGUUUUUUGUUCGGAAAAGGAAUUCCAACAUUGAAAAGAGAAACAAAGCUAGGCAGCAGUGUGCACAAGUACUUGAAUUGCCAGACAUUUCAUUGACGCAGAAGAUUUUCAAUGCACGUGACAUGGCUCAAAAGACAGUGAUAGGGCAGGAUCAAAUUGUGUAUAGUACUGACAAGGACUUUCUUGAGCAAGAAUUUGAAGCUAACGAAUGGGAUAAAAAAUUUCGGGAGCUAGAGAGAUCCGAUUGA